AUGCUCCUCAUCCAUUAAUCACUGUCCUUGAAAACAGACCUGAUUGCUGGCCAAUCCUACUACAGCAAAUAACAGCUUUUUUCCAGCAGUGUCCAGAGAGGGCAGAGUGUUCAUGUGUUGGCAUAAUGGCUCCAUUUCUAAGAUUCCUGUACUGUGAACCAUCUCAGUUACGGGAAUAUGCUGAACUGCGAAUGGGUUUGCUUAAGGUCUUACUUCAGCCUCAUGUGCCAAAGCACAAAGAAGCACCCCCCACCUUGGAACAUGAAGUUCUUCAACUUCUGUACAACUUGAUUCCACACCUUCAGCUUAAAGACCUACUGCAAGUUACAGAAGCUUUGUUUUUUCUUCAAGAACUAUUCCUCUGCCUACUGCGCUAUCCUGUGUUUUGGAAAGCUCAGUUAUCCCAGUUCUGUCUGCAACUGUUAUGCUUCUGUGAAGUGAGUUUAAAUGUAACAGGAGAGUGUUCAUCUUUGAUCUCCUUAAUCGAGGACAACUUUGAGCUCUUAAAAGAGGGAUUUCCAGCAGAGCAGUGUAUCAUUGGGCUGGGGCUUCUACUGCUGCAAACACCAGAAAGUCAGCAAAAGUCUGUCUUGAGUCUAGAAACCCAGAACAUCUCAGCCACAGCCCUUACUCUGGUGAUGCCUGUGCUACAGAUCUUAUCUUCUACAGCAGUCGGGGACUGCCUAUCAGGGAAUGACUCUGGAACUACCAGGCAGCAGCUGGCUGCAAAUCUUUUGGGAGUAUUACAGGAGAAACAUGUGAAAGAUAAACAGGAAUUG